UGAAGGAACACACUGAAGGAGGGAGAAAGAGGCAGAUGGAGAAAAAACAGCGAGUGAAGGGAAAAAAAGAGCAAGGAGAGUGAGUGAGGAGGGUGGGAGUAGAGAGGAAGAGUAGGGGAGGGUUUUUUCUACAGCGCUGGUGAGACAGAAGUUUCAUCUCUGCGCUUCACACACCCACACCCAGGACAGAAGACUGCACACAUACAUACAGACAAAAUGCUGCUCCCAGCGAGCGUUCUGAUUGGCCUACUGUGCCUGAGCAAUGCGGGCGGUGCGUGGGGUUUCGCCCGUCUGCAGGACGACGUGGAGCUACGCUCGGCUUUCUCGGUUGCACGCACCAACAGCAUGGAGGGCGGGCCCAAGAUGACCGUGACCUUUGACGCAAUUUAUGUCAACAUUGGUGAGGAUUUUGAUCCCAAGACUGGCUUGUUUCGCUGUCGCAUCACCGGGGCCUACUUCUUCUCCUUCACAGUGGGGAAGUUCCCACACAAAGACCUGUCAGUGAUGCUGAUGAAGAACAGGAAUGAGGUGCAGGCCAUCGUGUACGAGGAGAACGCCGGCGAGGAGAGGAAGGUGCAGAGUCAGAGCGUCAUGCUGCAGCUGGAGUUUGGUGACACCGUCUGGCUCCGUCUCCAUGGUGACCCUCGCUAUGCGCUCUACAGCAACACGGGACACUACACCACCUUCAACGGUUACCUCAUCUACCCCGACACCUACGACUUCCAGACACACCACCACCAUUCUAGCUCCAACUCCCAGCAGCCCCAGGAGGAGAACAAGCCCCUAUUGGACAGCAACCAGGCCACCGAGAACAUCAGGUCUGAAACAACAGACGCACCGGUGGUGCUGGUGGUGGAGGAGAAGGAGCAGCAACAUCAGGAGGUAGAAGAGGAAGAGUAUGACGACGAGGAGGACGACCAGAGAUCUGCCUUCUCGGUAGGGCGCACCCAAAGCAUCGUGGGAGUCAACCAAGUGGGCCUGCCGCAGCACCAGCCGGUCAGCUUCGACACGGCGUUCGUCAACAUCGGGGAAGACUUUAACGUGACAGAGGGGGUGUUCACUUGUCGCGUCCCUGGAGCCUACUACUUCUCCUUCAACGUGGGCAAGAUGCCGCAGAAGACGCUGUCCGUCAAGCUGAUGAAGAACCACCUGGAGGUGCAGGCGAUGAUCUAUGACGACAGCCAGGGCGAGAAGGCUCUGCAGAGUCAGAGUUUGAUGCUGUCGCUGAAACCGGGAGAAAUCGUCUGGCUCUACUCCCACCAGAAAGAUGGCUUUGGAGCCUACAGCAACCACGCCAAGUACAUCACCUUCACUGGCUUCCUGGUAUAUCCAGACUUACCCAACACUACAACCACUACCGGAGCCAGCCAAUCGUAUGCAGACAAGAAGCCCUAGCCACAGCAUACGGACUUGGGACUGAACAUUGUGGGGGGAAUUCAGUAAGUGGAGAAGUCAGAGUCCACAAAAGGCGUUGGGCAGUUUGUGGGUAGCGUGCCGAGUGGAGGAAACUCACCGUUGUCUUUGACGUUUCCUCUUACUUGGAAUUUCUUCACAAAAUCACGGGGACCUUUGACUGAGUGCAAUGCUUAAAAGAAAAUCUCUUCAAAUUCCAGCUUUUAGCUUCCCAGGAUAAGACUUCAUCACAUUCAAACGUGAAACUUCGAAUGACAGUAAUGUGAACUAAAAUUCAAUAUUUCACUCUAUAAUGAAAACUGCGGCAUUACCUGUUCACCGGCGUGUCAGCCAAACCACCACAGGGAGAUAGAUGUUGUACUUCCAUGACAUUGCAAUUCAACAACGCUAAAACUACCCACUGUUAGUUAUUCUGUUAGUGGUUUAUAAUCAAUCCAGAAGGGCACUCUUGGAGCGCAGAAUCCGACCAAGGGAGUUUUCAUAAGUGACAAAUAAUGCGUAUCUACACCCUUGGAUUUGGAUACGUUCCAAAAUUGAAUAUUUUCUUCCUUGUCCAAUGCUGCACCCUUCCACAAAGUUUAAUGAAAAUUGGGCCUGUAGAUUUUCUGGACAAAGGUAAUGAUUUUUGGUACUUGACAUUUCCUGGGUUUGCAUUCAGCAUCUCCCAUUAAAGUGAAAACUAAAUUAAAAGUGUUUUUUUAAACUAGAAGCCAGGUUCACAACCUGUUAAGGAUUAAAGUCACCCUGCCUACUGUGCAUGAAGGUGAGGAGGUAAUCUCAUAGUAAUUUUCAUUUUAAAAGUAAAAAAAAAUUCUGUAAGUGCAUUUGUAAUUCUUGUCAAAGACUUGCUGUUUCUGCUUGUAUGUAAAAUGUCACUUUACUUUAGUUCUGUCUUUAGAGGCAUGUGAAACUGAUACAAGCAGUGUGUUUCGUGUCAAAAUGAGUCUUUAUUUUAUUUAUAUCAGAGUGUUUCUCGCUCCGAUGCUUAGCCACAGCGGGAGCAGAGGACAAUGGGACGAAACCAACCGUUCUGAUAAAGCGCAGACUGCAUAUCCAUCCCAACUGUUGACCACAUGCCACCUUUGGGCCUGCGGGGAUGCGGACCUUAAAUUUGAUUUCUAAUUCGAGCAGCAGUUUAAUUCAUUUCUUCAGAUGGCGUCCACUGUGGGGAAAAUUGAACAGCUUCUCCGAGGCCACUGUAAUAUGCAUGUCUGUUUAAUUUCACACCGCCGGGAGAAAGAUGAUGCUGUUCAAGUUGUGAUGAACCUUGACUUUAUGAAAUCACCUACUCUGUUGGAGAGGCACCGUGUGAAGUGAUACUUUGCUGUAAUUGAACAUUUACAUUUUUUUUAAAAGGUAGUUUUCUGUGAAGUAAAGUUAUGCUAUAAAUGAUGGGCUUGACACACUAGGGUACUGCUAGGAGGCUAGUUUAUUUUUAAGAGAAUGUACAUUUUAGACCAAUAUAAGUAAGGAUUGAACACAGCAAGAGUGGGCACCAAUAUCAGUUUACAGAAUUCUAAUUAUAAGACUACCAAAGCAAACUUGGUUUGGUUAAUUUGAUUUCUGAUGUCAUUAAAAGAGAUGAAAAUAUGUUUACGUGGUGCUGAAAGCAUUGACAAAUGACAGUUAAUGUAACACUAAUCAAUAUUUUUGUCCAAACAAUGGACCAAAAACUCACCACAGCAAUCAUUUUAUUGCUUUGGUUUAUUCUUACUGCCAUUAUUAACUUUCCAGACAAAAAAAACUCAAACCCACUAAACCCUCAAAUGACAGACACAUGUAGAGACUAGUUGGAGAACAUGGAUAGAACCUUUCCCAGCUUAAGAGCAAGAUGUUUUCUCAGGAGAUAGUGGAGACCAAAAUAAGAGCUAAAAGCAGAGAGUUACAUUCAUCACUUCAAUGAAAGCAUGAGUCAAAAAUAAUGAUAAUGUUGCUUCGUGUCUGCCGAUUGUGCGAAUAAAAAAAUGAUUGCUUACAUAACAAUAUUUUAUGGCAAGAAAUACACUAUUAUAAUACAAGGACAAUGUUGUUUUUACAGCUUGUUUGAAGGGGAACCAAGUGACCAAAAACAUCUGACUUCAGCUUUAAAAAAUCUCAACAGCAACUUGCCAUUCCAGAAGCAAUGUUGCCAAAGAGGUCAGAAAAUAAAUACAACGGGUCAGAAGAACAUAUAGGCGUAGAAAGAAGACAUUUUUGUUUGGUUAUUUUUCAUUUUUUAUGAAGAUUUUGACCUUUUGAGAUCUUGAAGAGCUAAGGGAACAACACUUUGGUUAAACUAUUCAUAGACAUACAGCUUGGGCACUGGUUCUCAACCUAGGGGUCAGAAUAAAUCUGAAUGGUCAUUCGACAAUUGAUAAUAUAAAAAAGAAAAAGGAACAAAAUAAUUCCCAUUUCCACACUGAGGCCAUAACCUUUCAAAAUAGGUACUACGUAGACCUUUUAGGGCUCACAAGCCAACCCACAUGAGCUCUUUAAUGCAGAAAACUGUCCAUUGAAACUAAUUACAAGUUGAGAUAAAGAUAUCUAUCCCCAGAUGGGACAUGUGGUUGUUGCAGCAGCACAAAGGCAUAAUAAAAAGGGAUAAAUAAAGAGAGUACAAAUAUAAGUAUACUUAGAAUGCAUUCAGGUACAUUUUAAGACAGUAUUACAAGUUAAACUGACAGUGGUUUGAUUAAUAUGUUCACAAUACCACUCAAAGCUAGUGAAAAUCCAUACUGAAAAAAAGAAAAAAUAAGUACUGCAUUGAGACCGUUACACAGCGGCAAAUCACAGAAAUGAAGUAAGUAAAAUGAAGGGUUCUCUUGGUGUAUUUCACUGAAAUAUCUCAAAUUAAACACAAUCAGAUAAACCUGAAAAUGUGACGAGUGGGGAAAGCAGAAUUUUCUGAAAUUAGCUGAAAGUCCCAAGCGUUUUCACCUCACAGCGCUCUCUUUAGCACCGGGGGAAAUGGUCUCACACCUCUUCAGAAAACUAAUAAGCGACAGCAAGUCUCCGGCGACCUCACACUCUCACCAGGCCUCUCUGUAACAGUGUUACUAAUCGACAAUUUCCUGUCCUCUAGUCAGAAAAUGACACAGUUUUGGACAAGAGAUGCUAAUUCUUUUGCAGGAUGAAAUUGCUGUGGGUUAACCUAAUUUCAGAAAAUAAUGCAUUCUGUUCAAAUCCAACCCUUUAUAUAAUUCAGCCUGAGAGAGUGCUCGAGGGUGGACCUGUGGCUGCUUCAGCUUUACUUUGAGACAAACCUGACCCUGUUCAUUAAGUCAUGAUCAGAACUCGUGGUGUGUGAAAUGACUUGAGCAUAACUCAUCUGAAGCACUUGUGUGAUGCAUGCAUGUAACUAGAAAUACAAUUAAAAAAAGAAAAGUUGUCAUGACUUGCUGACCAGCUUUACAAGCCCAGGUGACGCCUGUUAACCUGGUAUUUUUAUUAAAGUGAAUUAUCUGUACAGUAACUGACAAUAUGUUGGAUGUUCCUGGUCUGUGCUUCUUUCUUUUUGAUAAUCCUGAUGAAAGAUGGAUCAUCCUGUAUUAGUAACUACUGUAUUUCCAGCAGACAUGAGUCAAAAUGUGGUUGAAAAUUAUCCAAAAUAAGAAAUUGUGUGUCCCAAAAGCACAAAUCCAACCACAAUGAAAAAAAAGAAAAUAAUAAUUAUACAUUUUGACCAAUGUCUACAGUAGUCUGGUCCAUGUUGACUCUUGUUUUGAGUAUUUCUUACAUGUAAUAUGAAUGCUUCAUUGCAAAUGUUUGACACAAUAAAAAACUGGAAAU